CAGGCGGUGGCCGCUCUCCUCGCCUUACUAAAUAAAACCUCGCUGGGAAGAAGCAAGCCGAGAGAAGGGGGCCUGUCUCGGAGCAAAACGGGUCUGCUGGCCGCGAGCCUGAAGUAUUUGAGGAUGGGCAAAGACUUUCGCUACUACUUCCAGCAUCCGUGGUCCCGCCUGAUCGUGGCCUACCUGGUGAUCUUCUGUAACUUUUUAAUUUUUGCCGAGGAUCCAGUAUCUCACAGCCAAACAGAAGCGAAUGUCAUUGUCGUUGGGAACUGCUUCUCAUUUGUCGCCAAUAAAUACCCCGAGGGAGGAGGUUGGAGGUUUUUAAAAGUGUUCCUGUGGCUACUUGCUAUCCUCACAGGACUGAUAGCUGGAAAAUUCUUCUUCCACCAGCGUUUGUUUGGUCAGUUACUUCGCUUGAAAAUGUUCCGAGAGGAUCAUGGCUCUUGGAUGACUAUGUUCUUCAGCACCAUCCUCUUCCUCUUCAUUUUUUCUCACAUAUACAAUCUGUGUCUCCUUAUGGCAGGGAACAUGAGGCCAUACAUUGUAACAGACUUCAUGGGCAUCAGGAAUGAAAGUUUUAUGAAGGUAGCAGCGGUGGGGACCUGGAUGGGAGACUUUGUCACAGCUUGGAUGGUCACAGAUAUGAUGCUCCAGGACAAACCUUAUCCUGACUGGGGAAAAUCUGCUAGAGCUUUCUGGAAAAGGGGGAAUAUCAGGAUCAUUUUAUUCUGGACUGUUCUGUUUACUUUGACCUCGGUGGUUGUACUUGUCAUCACAACUGACUGGAUCAGCUGGGACAAGCUGAAUCGUGGAUUCCUGCCAAGCGAUGAGGUUUCAAGGGCCUUUUUGGCUUCCUUCAUCUUAGUGUUUGACCUUCUUAUUGUCAUGCAGGAUUGGGAGUUUCCACAUUUUAUGGGCGAUGUUGAUGUAAAUCUUCCCGGCCUGCCUGCUGCACACUUUCAAUUUAGAUUGCCUUAUUUCAAAAAGAUUUUUAAGGAGGAGUAUCACAUACAUAUAACAGGCAAAUGGUUUAACUAUGGAAUAAUAUUUCUUGUACUAAUCUUGGAUCUGAACAUGUGGAAGAAUCAAAUAUUUUACAAACCACAUGAAUACGGUCAAUAUAUUGGUCCUGGGCAAAAGAUCUUCACUGUGGAAGACUCAGAAAGCUUAAAGGCCCUCAACAGGACCAAAUUGUCUUGGGAAUGGCGGUCAAAUAAUACUAACCCUUUGACCAACAGGACAUAUGCUGAAGGGGACAUGUUUCUGCACAGCCGCUAUAUUGGUGCAAGCCUAGAUGUCAAAUGCCUGGCCUUCAUUCCAUGUUUACUGGCUUUUGCUUUGUUUGGGUUCUUCAUCUGGUUCUUUGGACGUUUUCAGAAAACGGAUCAAGGCAUGGAGAAUCUUGACAAGUCAUACACACGCAUGAAAAGGAAAUCACCCUCCGAUGUGGGCAUGACCCGAGAGAACACACAGGUUUUAGCAGAAGAGCCUUUAAGCUUCGAAGACCCACAUCUGAUAUCCAUUAAGUCAGACUUGAGUGAGAUUGUCUUUAAUUCUUCCCUACUAACAUCUGAAAACCUUAGCUCACAUUUAAAUGAACAGCCAAGUCCACUGCAACCAAUAAGGGAGCCGUCAGUAUCUAACAGCAAUCCUUUAACCUAGUAACAUCCCUCUCAGAAGGAUUGAAACAAGAAAUUAUUGUGAGAUUUCAUUGUUCCUUUUUUGUAAGUGACAGUUUACAUAGUCCUUAGAACAAUGUAUACCCCAACGGUGCUCAACAUGCUUUUUUCUAUGACUUUGUUUUCUAUUUAUAUUAUAAUGACUUGUGCCUAUUGUAUUAUAUCAAACAUUCCUUUAUAGAUAGCUUCUUAAAAAAAAUGCAAUAGUGUACUAGAUGACUAUUUGCAGAUAUAAAUGCUCCUUUGGUGGUGCCUUGAAACAUUAAAUUGUGUAACUCAAACAUGUAGAAGAGAUAGGAAGCUGUCCUUUUCAACUAUUCUGAAUGGGCAAUUUUCUUUUAAAUAGAGUGAUUAGGAAUUUGGUCAGAAAAUGUGUGGACUACUGGCUGAACUUGAUUAGUCUCACUUCCCCACCCCCUUUAGAGCCUGGAUGAUAGACACCAUGUAGCAGCAAUGCAAACUCUUUUUUUGGAAGUGAUGGAAGCCUAUGGAAGGUCUAGUGCAGACUGUACAUUGUUUACCCUUGACUUAGAACCUCAUUGGAUGAAUGUGCCAUCAACACAAGAAAGAGUGUUAAUGGUCAGCGUUUCUGCAAAAGCUUUCUAAUAAGUAAUGGCAGUGGCAGUCCGACUUUAAUUUACUGAGCUAUAGAGGUGAUGACUUUGACAGCUGGACUUCGAAGAAGCAUGUUGAUUACUUUUUAAUUUUGCUGGCUAGCUUCCAGACAAAAAUACAGAUUCAUAAUACUGUAACAUCAGAGUGAUAAUGAAGCAUGGGUCACUGCUUAGAAGCAUGUGACUUUCUUCACACAUAAUUGCAAUUAGGUGAUAAUACCUAAUUAGGUUUUUCUCCAUAAUUAGAGAUAAAUUGCUACUUGAUUAAAAAUCCUGCCCUUCACCUUUUUAGGAGCAAAAGUUAAAAUGCAGCAUUGGUGGAACAGACAGACUUUCAGCUGAAACUGAUGCAGUGCCAAAGAACCAAUACUGGGA